CGUGGGUGGGCUUAGUUAAAAACUUUCUACCGUUCAAAAAAAGAGAAAAAAAGAAAAAAAAAAAAGUAUGAUGUCGAAUUUCUAUUUUCGUGUCGAAUUUCUAGACAUGUCGAGUCACUAGUCCCGUAGUCCGUAUCUAUCCCUUUCGUUGAGAAUCCUUUCCAGUUUGCAGAUUGUGAUCGAUAACUAUGGCCACGAAACAACCGACAGGGUUAGAGAUUAUCGGUGGCUUAGCUAUUCACGUUAUUGUAUCGAAACUCGGACCUUCUGAUGCAGCAGCUGUUGCAUGUGUCAACAAACGCUUCAAAGAUUGGGCUUCGGAUGAAUCUCUAUGGGCGUCUUUCUGUGCGCAAGAACUGAAACUCUCUUCCCCUAUUGAUCCUUUGGGCAAUCAAUGUCCCACUUUUAAGGCAGCUUAUGGGGCAUGGAGGGAAGCUUAUGGUAUGUACCCAUGGUCUCUUGUUAAACGAGUGAAAGAUAUUUGGGACAGAAUCAAAACAUGGUUAACAAAAAAUUUCCCAGAGGUGUUACCCACCCUUCGUAAGGGUGCUUCUGAAGAUGAAAUAAACAAGUUAGAAAAGUGUUUGAAAGUAAAACUCCCUCUUCCCACAAGGGUCCUCUACCGAUUUUGUGAUGGACAAGAACAAUGUAGUCCUUCAUCAAGAGGAAGUACAAAUAGACUUCAAAAUCUAUGUGGUUUAAUCGGAGAGGGUCAACUCUAUGUUGGCACCAAGAAUCUUUUAGUGAGUCGAGAGAUGAUGCCGUGUGUUCCGAAUGGAUUGAUAACUUCAAUUCAUGAUUCCAAAAGUUGUUUUCAACAAGAUGGUAUGUUGUUAUGGUUGGAAGAACAUGUUCAUCGCCUUGAAACUGGAUAUAUUAAAGUUCGUGAAGAAGGAAAUAUUAGAAGCAUUAGUUUGUUCCCUGAACAACUUCCCCUUUGUUCUUCAGCCACUACAGGUGGUGUUCAGGUUCGUGCUUCUGCUGUAUUUGUGCCUGAGUUCAGUGACCUUGUGCAAGAAAAAGAGAAAUACAUGUUUGCUUAUUCAAUUCGUAUGUCUCUUAAACCCGAGGGAUGUUUUAUCCAUGGAAUGUCCUUCAAUUCAUGUCAACUCUAUUGGAGACAUUGGAUCAUCAAAGCAAAUGAUCAUGUUGUUGCAGAUAUCAAUGGAGAAGCUGUGAUAGGCCAGUUUCCACUAUUACGACCUGGGGAGAAAGAAUUUGUUUACGAGAGUUGCACGAUGUCCGCAUCGUCUCGGGGAUCUAUCGAAGGUUCUUUCACAUUUGUCCCCGGAAGAUUGGCAGAUCCGAAAGGAAGUACCUUUGAUGCUGAAGUUGCUAAAUUUCCUCUUUUGUUGCCGGAAUACAUCUUCUAAUUCCAAAGUGUUGUCCAUGAAAAUAUGUUCAUAUUAUGUAAUGCAUGUAAUGCAUCGCAUACUAUCUACCUUCUUUAAAAACAAACAAAGAUAUUUGUGUGCUUAAAAUCCACAAUGAUUUCUAUUAAUCAAUGAUGUGAGAACCUUGGAAUAAUUUUUGAUAUUUUGAUUGUCCAUGUGAUUAUUUUAGAUUAGAAUGGCAACUAUUGGAGGUUUUUUUUAGCGAAA